AAACGGAGAUGGUUUUGAUAUGCCACGAGAGAUCCUGAAGAUGUUGCAGGUCAUGAUUGGUUGUCUAGCUCUAGGAGUCAUCGCUCGCGGUCAACAAAAUCCAGGUUUCAUUAGCAUUGAUUGCGGGGCACCUAAUAAUUACACUGACUAUGGGCUCCGUAUAUACUACGAGCCUGAUGCGGGGUUUGUAGAUUCCGGAACAGACAUGCAGGUGUCUACCCAGUUCAUCGACAUCCCCUACCUACAACAAUCAAAGAACCUCAGGGUCUUCCCCAAUGGAACAAGGAAUUGUUACACAUUAAUGCCAGACAAAGGAAAGGGCAACACAUAUUUGGUCAGGGCUGACUUUUGGUAUGGGAAUUAUGAUGGCAAGAAUCAAACCCCGGCAUUUGACCUCCAGAUUGAUGUUAACUACUGGACCACGGUGAACUCUUCUUCUUGGACAUACGAAGAGAUUAUCUACACUCCUCCAAGAGAUUAUAUUCAAGUUUGCUUGGUGAAUACCGGCUCGGGAGUUCCAUUCAUAUCAGCUCUUGAGUUGCGGUUGCUGGAUAACUCGAUUUACCAGAUCAAUUCCGGUGCACUUGUAACCAAAUGGAGAUAUAAUUUAGGGAGCACAGACACAUACAGGUAUCCACAAGAUGUAUAUGAUCGCAUCUGGGCCGAUAAGACUUAUAACUGGCCGUCAGUCGGCAACACGACGGCCAUUGUGACAAGUACAAGCAAUGAUGCCUAUAAAGUUCCGCCUGAAGUUUUGAUGACCGCCACACAGGUACAAAAUGUCACUGAUCCUCUGAGUCUGUCCUGGACCUCCGACAACUCCAAUACUGUUUGGUAUAUAUACUUUCACUUUGUGGAAUUGCAACUGCAAAAGGGACAAUUCAGAGAACUCGCAGUAUAUGUACAAGACGAAUUCGUGGAAACCAUCAUGCUCGAGAACCUAACGCCAGUGACGGUAGCCUCAUCGCCCAUAAGUGGACAUAAUUUGAACUUGACUGUUAAUGCGACGGCCCGCUCUAGUUUGCCACCUCUCCUAAAUGCCAUCGAGUUUUUCUCCGUGGCACAGCUUCCGAAUUCACCGACUUUUCUUGAUGACUUCAAUGCCAUGCACGAUGUCAAGAAAGCAUAUGGGCUGACCGGAGAUAGCUGGCAGGGUGAUCCCUGCGUUCCUGCGCAACACUUAUGGAGCGGAUUGAAUUGUAGCUACGAUAGUUCUCCAAGAAUCGUCUCACUGAACCUCAGCUCCAGUGGACUGAAAGGACCGAUAGCUACGUCGAUCUCCAAUUUGACAGCAGUUGUGGCCCUGGAUUUAUCCAACAAUUUAUUAAUCUGGUCCGUGCCCGACUUUUUAGCAAAAAUGCCGAGCUUGAAAGUUCUGAAUUUAAGUGGAAACAACCUGAAUGGCUCUGUUCCUCAAAUUCUCUUGAAGAAGAAGGCAGAUAGAUCAUUGCUACUAAUCUUAGAUGGAAACCCAAAUCUUUGCCAAUCAGACAAUUGUCAGACCAACAAGGGCAUCUCUAUUGCUCCAAUCAUUGCUUCAGUUGCAGCCGUUCUGUUCUUGAUUUUAUUGGGAGCUCUUGCAGUAUUGUGGAUAAUCAAAAGAAGACAAAUCCAAAAUGUUACUACCAUUACUACAACUACCAACUCUAACGGCGGAUCUAUUGGGACAUUAAGGUUGUCAAAAAAUCGACCUUUUACAUCCACUGAGCUUACCAGAAUUACUGAAAACUUUGAAACAGUAAUUGGAGAGGGAGGAUUUGGGAAAGUCUACUUUGGCAGACUUGACGAUGGCAUUCAAGUCGCUGUAAAAAUGUUAUCUCGAUCAUCAAAGCAAGGCUACAAGGAGUUUCACGCAGAGGCACAACUCCUGAUGGUCGUUCACCAUAGAAAUCUAGUUUCACUUAUCGGAUAUUGCGAAGAAUUUGAAAACAUGGCGCUAAUUUACGAAUUCAUGUCCAAUGGAAAUGUUCGGCAACAUUUGUCAGCAAACAACCCUAAUGUUUUGAGUUGGAGUCAGAGACUACAAAUCGCAAUCGAUGCAGCUCAGGGGUUGGAGUACCUGCAUAAUGGCUGCAAACCUACCAUUGUCCAUAGAGAUUUAAAGACGCCCAAUAUUUUACUAAACGAAAACAUGCAAGCGAAGAUUGCUGAUUUUGGAUUAUCGAAGGCAUUUGUAACAGAGCAUGAUUCUCAUAUUUCAACUCGCCCAGCAGGAACGCCUGGUUAUCUCGAUCCGGAGUUUCAUACAUCUGGAAACUUGAGCAAGAAGAGCGACGUGUACAGCUUCGGCGUAGUUUUAUUCGAGUUAAUCACUGGCCACCCUGCCAUUAUAAGAAGUCCAGAGGGCAGCAGCACGCACAUACUUCACUGGGUGACUCCACUCAUAGAAAGAGGGGACAUCCAAAGCAUUGUCGACCCGAGGUUAAAUGGCCAAUUCAACAUCAAUUCUGCAUGGAAAGCGGUGGAAAUAGCCAUGUUGUGUGUGCCGAUGACAUCGGUCCAAAGGCCGGACAUAAACCGUGUUCUGUGGGAACUAAAAGAAUGCUUGACGGCAGAGAUCGGUUCAGGAAGAAGCCAAAGAAUAGGAUAUAGUAAGAGGAGGAGUGAGUCUUUUGAGAUGACCUCAAUUGAUGGUGUUAUUGCUCCAAGUGCUCGUUAACCAUACUUCGUCUAUAAGGUUAUCAUGUCCAUCUUCCCUGUAUAAGUUGUUGAUUAUUACAUGGAACAGAUUAGAAAACUUUUGUACAAAGUCUGAGCUUGUGGCUUUAAAUUGUGAGUGAUGCAUAUUGGGGUCGUUGCUUUUCUAGCCUAGUGAAUAAAUGAGUGAAUGUUGAGUUCAAUUCACAGAUGGGCCCCUCUUUAUAAGGUUACAAACUGUACAGUUAUGAAGAUGUUGAUAGCUAGCAUUGCUCAGUCAUCCAUGUGAACUCCUGUAUAAUGAAGCAGAGGAAAAAAUGAAUUUCUUUCAUUUUUAUACCAUCUGUUUUAUAAAACAAAGUCAUCUUUUGACAAACUUUGCCAACCACAACCACCUAAGUAGCCCGAAGAGCAGCACUCACGUCAUCCAAUCGGUGUCGCCUCUCAUCGGGCAAGAGGAUAUAGAGAGCGUCAUGGAUCAGAGGCUACAAGGGUGGUUCAGCGCCCACAUCUGCUCGGAAACUAGUCGAGGCAGCAAUGCCGUGCGUGGCCACAACUGCGAACGAGAGGCCAAACAUGAACCCCGCAUGCUGUCGGAGCCGAAGGAAUGUCCGACUCUUUCUAGGUGAGGUGCCUAACGAACCAUGGGAUUCUGUUCUGCUUCACCCUUCACGCUCGCUGCUUAUGAUGUGGCAACAUGUCUGGGAAAAUGUCCCGCGAGACGGUGCUUAUAAUGUGCUCCAAAACCUUCCUUUGGGUCUGUAAUUGUGGACGAUGUGGACGACGGGAUUUUCUUCUGAUGAUAUGAUAG